AUGGCAAGCAUCACUAAGGUCCAACUGGGAAGGUUGGGACUCAAAGGGAAGGUGGAGACUCUCAACUUUUCAUCUUUGCCAUCCCUCCAGGUUCUCAACCUUACCUACAACAAGCUCCAUGGAGGAAUCCCUGUAACCAUUACAGCUCCCCCCAAGCUUACCAUCCUUGAUCUCUCUACCAACAAUCUCACAGGCAACAUCCCUUCCGGGCUUGGUAAUUUGACAAGGCUCAAGACAUUGUGUUUCUAUGAGAAUCAGAUAAGUGGCUCCAUACCUCCUUCUUUUGGAAAGCUUUUGAACCUAAAUUGGUUAGACAUCUCCUUAAAUUUCUUAGUUGGUUCCAUCCCUCCAUUGUUUAGAAACUUGACCAAACUCAAUUUUUUAUACCUAUGGAGAAAUAACCUCAUUGGUUCUAUUCCUUGUCCGAUUGGGAAUCUAGUGAAUUUGAAAGAGUUUGAUAUAUCUGGCAACCACAUAACUGGUCCCACCCCACACAACAUUCGAAACCUGACCAAGCUUAAAGCUUUUUACCUAUAUGACAAUAGCAUAAAUGGGUCCAUUCCUUGUGAGAUUGGGAAUCUAGUGAACUUGAGAGACCUUGAAAUAUCUAACAACCAAAUAACUGGUCCCAUCCCACAUAGCAUUGGAAACCUUACCAAGCUUGAAGCUUUUUACCUAUAUGACAAUAGCAUAAAUGGUUCCAUUCCUUGUGAGAUUGGGAAUCUAGUGAACUUGAGAGACCUUGAAAUAUCGACAAUCAAAUAA